CCCCGCGUGUGUGCGCCUGGUCUCAGCUGGUCUGCCUGAGACCCCCUGAGCGCCAACCCUAGUCCCCCGCGCGGCCCCAUUUCCGCUCCAACAAGAUGAAAGAAACUAUCAUGAAUCAAGAGAAACUCGCCAAACUGCAGGCACAAGUCCGCAUUGGUGGGAAAGGAACUGCUCACAGAAAGAAGAAGGUCGUUCAUAGAACAGCUACUGCAGAUGAUAAAAAACUUCAGUUCUCCUUAAAGAAAUUAGGGGUAAACAAUAUCUCUGGUAUUGAAGAGGUUAAUAUGUUUACAAACCAAGGAACAGUGAUCCACUUUAACAACCCUAAAGUUCAGGCAUCUCUGGCAGCGAACACUUUCACCAUUACAGGCCAUGCUGAGACCAAGCAGCUGACAGAAAUGCUACCCAGCAUCUUAAACCAGCUUGGCGCAGACAGUCUGACUAGUUUAAGGAGACUGGCUGAAGCUCUGCCCAAACAAUCUGUCGAUGGAAAAGCACCACUUGCUACUGGAGAGGAUGAUGAUGAUGAAGUUCCAGAUCUUGUGGAGAAUUUUGAUGAGGCUUCCAAGAAUGAGGCAAACUGAAUUGAGUCACCUUCUGAAGAAGAUAGAACUUGAAGUUACUUGGAGCUGCUAUUUUAUAUUAUGACUGCUUUUUAAAGUUGUUUUGUUUAUGGAUCUAAUAAAAUCUAGAUCUCUAAUAUUUUUAAGCUCA